CACACCACCUCCCCGACUGAGGUCUUCGGGGGCCCCCCACAGGAACCCACAUUGUCUGGUGACCUUUAACAUUUCCACUGUAGCUGGGAGGGCCGAUAGCUUUGCUUCCGUUCUUUGUUACGUGCCAUUCCGCUUUCCAAGCUUGAGCUUAAGGAAUGGUGCAAAGGGGAUUGCAGGAGCAAUUUGAUUUGAAGUGCAGGGAAGUGUAAGAGCACCAAGGAAGGAGCCCACGAUGAUAGCUAAGGUCUUCCUCCUCUGUGGUACCCUAGUGCUGGCCGAGUCAGACCUGCAUUCAAGAUACCUUGGGCAUCCAGAUCACAAGCAGAGGCCCCAGGACCGCAAGAUGCUAACAGACCCACAGCCAUCUUCUCGGCCAGAGGAAUAUUGGGAGAUGGAGCACAUCAGAGAAGAAGCCCUCCACCCGGCAGCCACCACCGAGACAGAUGAUGUGAAGGAUUAUGAUGAUGCCAAUGACCACCAACCUCAUCAUGAGAACUGGUGCUCGUCUCCACAGUCCCGCCUGGUCACGUAUAUUGCUGUUUGCAAGACGGAGAAAUAUGUAAUUAAGUCUCAGCAACCGUGUCCAAAUGGGACUCCAGAUUGCCAGAAGAUCAUGUACAGAGUGGCUUUGAAGCCAGUUUACCAGAUUAAACAAAAAGUCAAGAACAUUUUGCAUUGGAAGUGCUGCCCGGGCUACUUUGGCAAGAACUGUGAACAUCACGAUCCUAAUUUUCUUCCGGUGUCCACCAAUCAGCCAGAAAGCUGGAAGGAAGAACGAGAAGAGCUCUCCAGCCAGAGAGAUAUUGCAGAAGCCCAAGAAAGCCACGAAGCCCUACUGGAAGAUCUGCAGAACGAUAUUCACCAGGCCACGAGCAACUUGGGAGUCUUACAGAAGGUGCUUCAUUAUAACGGCAGCAGCACAAGGCGAGCAGCAAGCCACAACCAAUCAGAAGUACAGGAGCAAUUCCUCCAGCAAACACUCUUUCCCCAUGUGCAGAGUUUCUUGGAGGAGCAUUUCAACCCAGUCUGGGCAAGCUUCAAUAAAAGUUUACAGGAUCUUUCUGCUGCCGUCAAAAAUCUCUCAAAGAAUGUCGAGGCUAAUCGGAAAAGUAUAGAGAGGUUCCAAGAAAGCACCGUGCCCAAGAAAGAUUUUCAGGAGUUGGGAACGAAGUUUGAAUCCAAGGUUCAAGCCAACAUUUUGAGAGUGGACCACGUGAAGAGAGAAAUAGAGAGUCAUUUACACUCGCAGCAGGCAGCCUUACACUACAAUCUCACCAUGAUCAAAGCAGAUACUGAUCUGAAGCUCAAGAGACACCAAAAGACACAACACUUCUAUUUGUCCGCCUUAAACAGCAGCCUGACAGACAUGAGACAACAGCAAAACAAACUUGAAGAUGAGCUCAAGACUCUGAAUAGAAAUUUGGCAGUAUACCCAAUACAAUUUGGCAGCCAAAAUGAGGCACUUAUUGAGAGGGACAUUCAGAUCCUCAAUGAGACCCUGGCAGCGCAUGCUCAGCAGCUGACCAAAAUUUUUGAUGAGUCUGAUGAGGACUACACAGAACUAAUCGAUUCCAUUGCGAACUUGAAAGCCACCUUGAAGCACGACCUGGAGGAGUUCAGAGUUGAUUUAAUAGAGAAGAGUCUUAUAAUAGAGGAAUACAGGGAUGAUCUGGAAAGCAAGAUUCUUGCUCUCAACAACACUCUGUCCAAUAUUGAAGACGGCCACUGGGAUCUAGAGAGGUCUCUGAAAGCAUGUCAUUGUGGAACACCAUCUUCACACGUUGUUACAGAAGAUCUAGCAAACAUCACUCAGGUCAACAGAGAAGAAAUAAAGCAACUUGAGGCACGCUUAAAGGAUCUUAAUGCAGCUUUCCCUAUUAUACACCAGGUUCUAGAAAGCCAACAGAAACAGAGUCAAAAGCUGGAAGGUGGCAUGUCCCUCCUCAAUUCUCAUGCAGAAAAGCUGUCUGAAAAUAUUGGCAUCCUGGAAAAAAAUGAUGAGAAGAUGCACGGGCAUAUCAAAUAUCUCAACAGCUCCUUUAACUCUUUGUUGUUCGAUGCAAUGAGACAUGAGCUAGCACUAAAGGCCUUGCUUGGAGAAGAAAACAUGGAUAUCUUGUUGGAAGAGGACUCAAGUCCUGUAGAAUUAUCCAUAGAGCAGCUUCAAAAGACUAUCAGGCUAAUCUCUGACGAGCUCACGGAACAAAAUUUUACACUGGAAUAUCUUAUGAAGACAAUUCACUCUUUGGAGAUGAUGGAUCAUGGAGAUAACCCCAAUGUCCAUAUAUCUCUUAAACAUCCUAUGUUGGAAAGGAAAACAGGGGACACAGCACAGGAGGUUACCACCCAACGCAGUGGAGUGGAGCACAUGGAACCAAACCAUGAAGCUGCCAUGGAGGAUGCUCUGGAUAACCCAGCGUAUCACGAUAUCAUGACUCUGAAGAAAGAGAUUGGGCACCUCAGCAGGGAGAUGCAUAAAUAUAAGUUGCAGAGGGAUCGUGCCAAUUUCUGCUGUAAUUACACCAUAGCCAGCCUAGUGGAACCACUCGGUGGCUCAGUGGAGAAUUUGAGGGAAGACCUUGCGUCAGCCCAGCAAACCCUUGAAGAGCACCUGCAGGUCUUUCAAAAGCUGUUUGGAAGCAACAAGGAAUUAGCCGCUGCAAAUGUAAGCUUGGAUGUCACAAAGAUUCAGUCGCUGGUGGGCAGGAGGAUGAGGAAGCAGCUUCAAGAGGGGCAAAAAAUGAGAGACAAGAAAGACGCCAGCAGUCGUAGGGAAGGUACCUUAAACGGAAGAAACAAGAUACAGGCAGAGAUCCUGGAGACAGGUACAUAUGUGGCCUUUUAUGUGAGGUAUUCAGAAGACAGAGGGCUGAGCCUCAACGGAACAUAUCUUAAUUAUGGAGGGGGCUAUUUCCCUGAACACGGCUACUUCAAGUCUCCUCAUACUGGGGUUUACCUUGUUGCCAUCAGCGUGCAGCUUGCACCAGGACCUGCAUUGGGGCAACUGGUCUUCAGCAACCGGCAAAGAAUGACGCUCAUCGACACCAAAAAGAGAAAGGCAAGUGGAGGCGCCAUGGCUACUUUUGCCCUUGUGGAGCUCAAGAAGGGUGAGCUCAUGUGGUUUGAACUGGUACAGGGCACUGGAGCGAAGCAGAACCCAGCUGGAUUAAGCAUGGCUGGAUUUCUGAUAUUCAAAACUUGAAAAAUAAAAGGUCCCAAAGUCAUAAAUGAUACUUUGCUAUACACACACGGCUAACCUGUACUAGUCCAAAGACGUUGAGUUUUGCUGUGUGCACUUUUACAUGUAGUCCCAGCCCUUGAUUCACCUCAAUGCUGCUUCCUAGAAAUAGUUCAGUUGUUGCUUAGCAGUGUCACAGAGGAUGAAGAAAUAGUGUUUGUAUGUUGCAAAGGCUUUAGGAAAUACAUUAGAGCAAGGAUGGGUCACUUGUGGCCUUCAGCUGCUGCUGGACUCCCAACUCUUCUUGGCCCUAGUCAAGGGAUCAGUCAGGGAUUAUGGAAAAUAUCAGGAAGCCCCAGGUUUUCCCUGCUCCAUCCCUUUGAUAGUUUAUCUUGCAUUUGAUUCUAUUCUUCCUCAGACUAAAAAUGCUCCCUCUUGUCUUACAUCCAGUGAAGAAUGAACAAUGUUCUUAUAAUUAAGUUUCCAGUGGAAAAUCAAUCAAUCAUUUAAAUAUUUAUUUUUUUAUAAAAAAAAAUCCAAGACAGGACAGGCCCUCCUACAUUAAAAAAAAGUGGCAUGGCGCCAUUCUCUGUUGUGCUAGCGAUAUCAGAAAUCACACAGGAGGGAUUUCCAGAUGAACAAAAUGAGGGAUUUCUAUUCCUAAAGUGUUAUGAAAUGAUGGUGUCUAUACUUAAGAGAACUGUAUCACUUUGCGUACAUUCUCAAUAAAUACUCUUUGUUUUGUACACCUGGCUGUAGUUUUGCUUUGCACAUUUUAAUAGUUCAAGUGCAGGAAUCAUAAAACUUCCACUGAUAAGUGUUUAACCCAGUUUCAUGUAGAUGCGCAAAUACUGGAUAUCAAAUGAUUAUUUCAAGGGCAAAUUAUUGUGAAUAAAACUCCUCAUAGGCAUGAUUCCAGCUAAGUUCCAAAACUGCAGAAAGAUAAAUGUGAAUAUACAUUAUCUGUAUGUACUUUGAUAAAACUAAACUGUGUGUGUGGUUUGUUUUAUAAAUGCUACAGAAAAAGGUUCAGCAGACAGGGGAAUCCUAAGAUUUAAGCGUGUAUGUAAUGCACAACUUGAGGUAAGCGGUCUCACAUGCUACAGGGGAGAUGGAAGAACAAAGCAGAGGAAGGGGUAACAUUUUUAACAGCAGCCCAAUGCUGUGUAUGAAGUAUAAUUCUGCACUGAGAUCCAACAGAUUUUUCUUGUAGAAUGGUGGAGGGAAACUUUUCACAAGGUAUUUUGGACUCUGGUUUGAACACAUGGGAGUGCACAUUGUUGCAAUUAUGAAUGGCCUGUUUUACUUUAAAAAUACACAGAACCAGUGAAUAAUCAAUGCCCGGGGCUCCACUUUUGGUGCAUCUGAAGUAAGGAAGCAAUUUGAGUAUUAUUUUGUAUAGUCUUACCUUGGUACUUGGAUGGUUUGGCUCCCGAACGCCGCAAACCCGGAAGUGAGUGUUCCGGUUUGCGAACGUUCUUUGGAGCCUGAACAUCUGAUGGAGCUUCCACAGCUUCCGAUUGGCUGCAGGAGCUUCCUGCAGCCAAUCAGAAGCCAUGCUUUGGUUUCGAACAUUUUGGAAGUCGAACGGACUCAGUUUGACUUCCAGGGUACGACUGUACUUCAGUACAAAUUACUUGUGAGACAUGAUCUUCAGCACUGAUUUUAAAAGGCAAAGCAUACAACCAUGUGUGUGGAUGUUUGAUCACCAAUAUGCAACGGUUAACAAACAAAUAUAUUACUAAUGUUUACUAAAAUAAGGUUAUUUACUUAAAAAUGAUACAUUGACAUGAAUUUGUGUACAGAACAAAGCAAUUCAUGGUAAACUUAAGGCACCUUUAAAUCAGAUGCUGUACAAAAAGACACUUAGCCUGUUACAAUUAAAAAACAUUCUAAACUUGUGGUAUAUAUAACAAAAUGAGUAUAAUCAUACUGCUUCUUUCACCCUCUCCUUUUUAUUUACAUCUUCUAUAGGUUAGCUACAUUAUUCUUUCUGUAUACAAUAUAGUACAUUUUUAUAUUGGGCAUGGGUAAGUCAGAGCACAAAACAUGAAUACAGUAUGUGGGCAUCUAUAUUGCAUUCAGGGGUACUAUACAACAAGGCAAUUGCUCAAUGAGAUGAUCAUUUGAAGUAUUCAUUUGAUACAAUCCACCAGAAAUUUUAACACCAGCUUAGAAUGAAUGGGAGUUGUGCAAGAACACUCCUGUUUACACAACAAUCUCCCUUUUAUUUUACUGAGGCUUGUACUAGAGAAGUUCCUGGCGACCUGUCCCGUCUCUCUUUCUACAAACUUCUGCAAUCCACCAAAAUGGGUUUGGGAGACAUGAUAUAAGUGAUGAUGAGGAUUCAAUAUGAAUAACUAGGCAUCACAAGACAAGGGAAAAUGUACAUAAUUACUUUUCUAAAAGACCAGCUAAAUUUGAGUCCUCUCACAUUCAAACUGGGCAGAAGACUCAGUAUUUAAAUUAAUAUGCAGCGUGAAAAUAAUAAAUGUUGUUCUAGUAUUUCAGAUCACACCUUGAUGUCAGACAGCAUUACUGCAGAGAAGGCAACCUACAAAUUUGUAGUGUGUCAGCAUACUCUAUUUAAACAGAGAAGUUGUAGUGCUUACAAAUGUAUGGGGGGAAACAGAAAAGUCUGUUUCCCAUGCACUAGAAAGGUACAGAUGCAAUGACAGUAGUGUCAUGACGCCAAUGACAAAUAAUGUUUAGAGCUGAGAAGAGUAUCAGGGGAAAGCAUUUAUCAAAACAGACAUGGGAAACCGAGGCUGUUAGUGACACAAACAGGCCUUGGGUUCAUAAAGAAGCCAAUUCUUGGAAUAUGAAGGUGUUACAUCAAGCAACAGGUGACAGCAGCCACAGGAAAUGUAUUUAUGGAGGUAGGCAUUUUUAUGGCAUAUGAAGCAAAAGGUUUGUUUUUUAUGGCACUAGUCAGAACUUAUUGAAAUCAUGGCUUUUUGCUUUUUUAAAAGAAGUGCAAUACUCAAAAUAUAUACCAAUAGUCUUGGCUGAUUGUUAUUAGGUAAUUAAUAAAUUAUCUCAGAUGACAAUGGUUAAUGGGAGAAAAAGAUUUUGCAGAGCAGAAAACGCCACCCAAUUUAAUUACAAUAUUGGCUUUCAGGAAUAUUUUAGAAAACAAGCAAACGGAAUUCCAAGGGGAGAUUUCCAUUCAUUCUCGUUCCUCUAGUAUUCCUUACUGCAAAAUACAUUCAGCAUUUGGGUUAAUUUCUUAACACUGACCAACCUUCCUCACAGGCUUAAAUGGAGCUGCCCCUGCUUCUUUCAAAUUCCCGAGGGUGGCACAACUUUGCAAAAUGCUG